AUGCUUAUGUAUCGUGAUUGGAACCAUUUUUUUAAUAACACCGUCAAACGUAAAGAAUCACAUUUUAAAGUAGAAAUCGCAUAUAACCAUUUGCUUAACUGGGCUUGCGCCAGAGGUAGUCUUCCUAACGACUACGCACUGAAACUGCUGAAUGUCGAAGAGUACUGUAAGGCGAAUUUCCUAGAAAACAACACCGUACCAGAUCAAAUUAAACAUAUUUUCCAUAAAACAAAUGACGAGUAUACGGAAUGGUAUGAUUCACUGAACCAAGCAUUCGAAUUACUCAAAAAUAGUGAUGAAGGUAAAAAGGUGAAUUUUAUUGGACAGUACACUUACGAGCCGUUACAAAAGUUGAAUAAAGUGUUGAAAAAUUUCAAAAAACAUAACUUGCACAUUGUAUCGUAUUAUCAAUUAUUGCACAAAUAUGUCACUUAUUACGUUCCAUAUUUGAAGAAAAACAUUACAAGAACCACAUCAGAGUUGAAUGAUAUUAAAGUGAAAGAAGUGGAAUCUACGAAGAAAAUUAAGAGUUUGAGUACGGAAUUGAAGGUAAAGUUGAAUAAAUACGGGUUAGAGGUGACGAAUUAUCCGUUCAAAGAUGAAUUCCAGACAGUUUUGUUCUUUGAUUUACAGGAGAAAAUUGUUGACGAAUCGGUGAAAUAUAUGCGAGAAACUUAUGAAAAUGCAGUUGAGAUUCUGAAAGAGCUUCACGAGCCUUUAGUGACACUUUUGGAAUCAUUUGUAAGAUUCCAAAAAAUGGAAGAAAAAUACUCCGUAACAGAGUCUACAAAGUUCUUAAAUCACGCCUCAAAACAAGGUCUUGAACCUUUUCAAAACGCCUCAAAUCUUCAUGAAUCCAUACAAUCUCACAACAACAGUAUCUCUACCCAAACACUCCAAAUACACACAGCUACUCCAAUAUUACCCAAAUACUCCAAUAUUACACAUAAUGUGAAUAUUGGAGACGAAGUGAUAGUGAUUGAGGAAGGUGUGAAACUCGAUCCAGAGGUUAAAUCUCUACUCUUUGACUCAUUUUUGGGUAAUAAUAUGUGUCGAAAGUUCCUUUUAAGUGAUUUAUACGAGUUGUUAAUUUUCGUAUCACUGCGUGAAGACGAGCUUAAAAGAGCCUCAUCCAUGCCCAGUUAUAACCUGUUGGACAAUUCUGAUCAACCAGACCACACUUUAGGUAUAUCUUUGAGGGAUUACGAACAGUACAAAGAGAAGUUGAAUCUUGUAAUUGAACUUCUCAGUGGCCCAAAGACUGUCAAUGUCCAGAAUCUGCUCAAAAAUCAACAGAAGUUAUCAGAAAAAGUUUAUUCUGAAAUGAGUCUCUGGACUCAGGCGCUCAUUGAAUUAACCAAACAAGAUUCUUACCAGUACCAAAUCAAGUCACUGGAAUUAAACCUAAAAACACUCAAAUCAGACCUCGAAAACGUCAGGAAAAACGUUUUAAAUAUUAAAAAUAAACUAGAACAGGAAACUUCCUCCAUAUCUAAACUUCAAGUUCACAUCUUUGGUGAAAUUGAUCAAAUCUAA